CCGGCAUUACAUGGGCGCAGCCAUCUUGGAUUGUCACUGAACGUUUUAGCACCAAGUACUUGGACUGGUUGAAUUGCAAUCCUGGAAAAUGAUCCUUGCACCCGAUUGGUUGGCUCCUCAAAGCGGACCCGGCAGCGAAGGAGAGGCGACCGAGAAGGAGACUCCGAGCUAAGGUCGCGGUGGGAACGCGGGAUCGUCCGAAAAUCCGUGGCGUCCGAAUCGGGAGCGGUGUCUACUUGUCCCUCCGAGGGCUCCUAGGACAGAACGGGGUUCGGGGGCCGGGGGAGGCCUACACACUUUUUUUUUUUAGGGAAAGGUUGGGUCGGGGCGUAAGGGAAAAUAGAAUACGAACUGGAACGUUAAAUGGAGCGUUUCAGAUGAGAACAGCAGAAUAACAAUUCCAUAGUCUCCUUCCUUCACUUGCUCCGUUAGGUUAACUUAAUUUUUUGAAUGCUCAGUUUUGAAAUUGGCUAGAAUGUUUGGCAGAAUUUGGCGGAAUUCAGGAGUAAAAGUUUGAUCGAAUACAGGUGCGUUUUAGUUGAGACACGGAUGAUGGAACUUCUGAAGAACUGUGUACUUAGAAGAAAUACAUGCACUGCGGUUCACUUCUGGAGAAGCAAAAUUGUACAAAAGACUUCAGUAAUUAGAAAGAUUAGUACUACCUCUCCAAAGUGCACUGUCAUGCCCGCUUGGGUUAUAGAUAAAUAUGGGACGAAUGAAGUGCUUCGAUUUAAUCAGAACAUGAUGUUACCUAUCAUACACUAUCCAAAUGAAGUCAUUGUCAAAGUUCACGCUGCGAGUGUAAAUCCUAUAGAUGUUAAUAUGAGAAUAAUGAAAAAGGAAUGUAAGACAGGAAAAGUGAAACAUGACUUUUGCGGUUAUGGAGCUACGGCUUUAAAUAUGAAGCGUGAUCCCUUACAUAUUAAAACCAAAGGAGAAGAAUUUCCUCUGACUCUGGGUCGGGAUGUCUCUGGUGUGAUAAUGGAAUGCGGUCUUGAUGUGAACUACUUCAAACCUGGAGAUGAGGUCUGGGCUGCAGUUCCUCCGUGGAAACAAGGCACUUUCUCAGAGUUUGUUGUAGUCAGUGGGAAUGAGGUCUCUCGUAAGCCCAAAUCACUCACUCAUACUCAAGCUGCUUCUUUGCCAUAUGUGGCUCUCACAGCCUGGUCUGCCAUAAACAGGAUUGGUGGCCUGAAUGACAAGAAUUGCACAGGAAAGCGUGUUUUAAUCCUGGGUGCUUCAGGUGGAGUUGGUACUUUUGCUAUACAGGUAGUGAAAGCAUGGGGUGCUCAUGUGACAGCAGUGUGCUCUCAGGAUGCCAAUGAGCUUGUAAGGAAGCUUGGGGCAGAUGAUACAAUUGAUUACAAAUCUGGAAACGUGGAAGAGCAGUUGAAGUCCAUGAAACAGUUUGAUUUUAUCCUCGAUAAUGUUGGUGGAUCUACUGAAACAUGGGCUCUAAAUUUUCUCAAGAAAUGGUCAGGAGCCACGUAUGUGACUUUGGUGACUCCUUUCCUCUUGAACAUGGACCGACUGGGCAUAGCAGAUGGCAUGUUGCAGACUGGAGUGACCGUGGGCUCUAAGGCAUUAAAGCAUUUCUGGCAAGGAGUCCAUUAUCGCUGGGCCUUUUUCAUGGCCAGUGGUCCAUGUCUAGACUUAAUUGCAGAACUGGUGGAUGCGGGAAAGUCACCUCGUAUGCGUGUCAAAGCUGGGCCGUGAAUAAGGAAGACCAAAGAAGAAUUGAUGCCCUUGAAUCGUGGUGUUGGUGAAGAAUAUUAAAUAUACCGUGGACUACAGAAGAAUGAAUACAUCUGCUUGGAAGUAGUACAGCCAGAAUGCUCCUGAGAAGGAAGGAUGGCAACUUCAUUUCACAUACUUUGGAUAUGUUAUCAGGAGGGACCAGUCCCUGGAGAAAGGCAUCAUGCUUGGUAAAAUAGAGAGUCAGCGAAAAAGAGGAAGACCCUCAGUGAGAUGGAUUGAUACAGUGGCUGCAACAAUUGGCUCAAACAUAGCAAUGAUUGUGAGGAUGGCGCAGGACCUGGCUAUGUUUCAUUCUGUUGUACGUAGGGUUGCUGUGAGUUGGAAUCAACUCAAGGGACCUAACAACAACAGAACUGAUAGUGUCAUGCUUACACUUUGAUUAUCAACACCAUCCUGCCUUCACUUACUCAUUGUUGCAUUCAGUAAACAUUUUUGGAAAUAAGGUCUGUUGCCCUUCAUGUGCCCACCAUUGUUAGGCCCAAAAUUGAUAAGAAGCUGAAGUUUUACAAGUAUAGGGACCUCACAGUUCAUUUGUCCUAAAUUCAAGAUCCAGACGUAGUCAUUGCUUUCAUAUGACAUGUGAAAUUAUUCCAUAAUCACAAUUUCAGUCUGAAUUUUCAGAUAAUUAUAUAGCGUUUUCAUUAUGACUUAAAUCGGGGUUGGCAGACUACUGCCACUGGGCAAAUCUAGCCUGUUUUUAUAGGCCCUCUGAGCUUAGAAUGGUGUUUACAUUUUAAAAGAGUUAUUAAAAAAGCAAAAAACAAAAAAAGGACAUAGACCAUGCGUGGUCCAUAUGGUCUAAAGUUAAUUACUGUCUAGCCCUUUAAAGAAAAAGUUUGCUGAUCCUUAUCUUAGAAUUGUUGUUAAAAUUUUUUUUUAACCCAUUCAUGUCAAUACCCAGUUUAUACAAGAAGCAAAGGAGGAGCUGCUUAGUUGGUGAUGUAGUGACGGGGAAUGACCACCCCUUAAAGGUUUCUUCUCUUUCCCUGCAGCUGCUCUGCACAGCAAGGAACCGGGGGCUUUCAGAGACAAGUUUGUGUCAAACACUGUGUUAUGAAUUGAAUUGUGUCCCCCCAAUAUAUGUGUCAACUUGGCUAGGCUAUGCUUCCUAGAAUUAUGUGACUGUCCUCCAGUUUGUGAUCUGAUGUGUUGUAAAUCUUAACCUCUGUGAUGUUAAUGAGUCAGGGUUAGAGGCAGUUAUCUUAAUGAGGCAGGACACAAUCUACAGGAUUAGGUUGUAUUUUGAGUCAGUCUCUUUUGAGAUAUAAAAAAGAGACGUGAACAGAAAGGAGAAAGACCUUACACCACAAAGAAAGAAGACCCAGAGGAAGAGCAUACCCUUUGGACCCAGGGUCCCUGUGUUGAGAAACUCCUAGACUCAGGGAAUAUUGAUGACAACGACCUUCAGCCAGAGCUGACAGAGAGGGAAAGCCUUCCCCUGGAGCUGGCACCCUGAAUUUGGGCUUCUA